ACAUUGCUUUCAUAUCUCCCUUUUAUAAUCCAUCCUGUUUCACCGAAUUUGCUGUGUUUUUUUUACAUACCAGCAGUGAAAAGAGAGCCUUUUAACGACAAAUUAUUUAGAUGUCAUUUUCAAUGGUGCAACAAUAAUAGGGAGAGGAAGGAAAACUUCGAGAUGUGAGUACCCAAACAAAUUUCUAGUCACUCGUAUACGGUACGUGACCUUUGUGAAUUAUUCAUGUUGCAUUGUAACAAAAUUUGUGUUCUAAGAACUUUUUUAAAUUAUUCAGCGAAAUACAGAAAAAUUUCUUUUUAUCAUUAAAAAAUUAUAUCUUAAUUCAAUAAUAAUGAAUCCUCCAAUUAACUAUGACAUGCGAUGUUGUAGGAAGCAUUUUUCUAUUAACCAAUGAGAAAAGUAUAUUUCAGGACAAUAAACUGAAAAGACUGGUUAAGUGCGUUGCAACAGUGGAAGAAGCAAAAUAAUCUCUCGCACGAUGAAGAAAUAUUAGUGAAAUCUGGCAUUAAUCGUUUGAAACAAAAAAUUUUCCCCAGUAAGAUGAGCCAAAAACGCAAAACGAAUCUCAUUACACAAACGCAGCAAGCUAAUAUUGCGCAUAACAUAGAAGUUGCAAUCAAAGACAACGACUUGAAGAAACUUAAGUUAAUUUUUGAAGACUACCCCAACUUGCUGAGUUAUGAAAGUCAUAACGAGAAAUCUUGGUUGCAUCUAGCAGCAAGAGAAGGUACUGUCAAAAUUGUGACAUAUCUUGUUAAAAAAGGAAUCGAUGUUAACGUUUUGGAUAAAAAUAAGCAUUCACCCUUGCAUUAUGCAUGCAUGAACGAUAAAUAUGAAAACAUACUUAUCCUUUGUAAGCUUGGCUCAAAAGUUAAUCAUAAGCAAUCGGAAGGAAACACACCUCUCCACCACGCUGCUUAUUUUAACAACGUGAACACGAUCCAGGCAUUGCUUCAAGAAGGAGCUGAUAUAAAUGCUCGUAACACACACGGGGAGACUGCUCUUCAUUUGGGUUGCUCAUCAGAAUAAGUCAGAAGCUGCCAAACUUUUGGUUCUUAUGGGCAUUGAUAAGUCCAUUCAAUCAAUGAAUAAUUACGAAACAGCAUUUAUGUAUGCAAAAAGAAAUGGCUUUGACGAGGUAGCAGACGUGAUUAAAAAAAAUGAAAAGGAUGUCGGAAGAGAAAUCAAGGUGUUAAUGAUCGGCAAUAAUAUUGUAGACGCUAAAAAGAUUUUGAGGGAACAAGAGGCUAGGUACGUGGAACAAGAGAAGCGUCUGCAACGAGAGAAGUUCCAGCUAGCCCUGGAAAAAAAGAGGUUAAGUCUGCAGAAAGCGGAAACAAAUAAAAAGGAAGCAGAACUUAAAUUAAAUGAGAGAAAAGAAGUAAAGUCAAAGUUGCUGAAGGGGUUAAAAGAGGAACAAAAGAAAUUGGAGAUGUCAAACCAGCUAAUAGCAAUGGAAAAGGUGAAAAUAAAAAAAUAUGAUGAAGCCAUUACAGAAAUAAAACAAAAAUUGAAGAAGUUUUGCGAUAGUGAAGAAAGCGAAAAAAUAAAAAAAGCCAACAAAGCAUACGAUGAAAUCGCCAACGAAAUUUCGAGCUUGGAAAGGCAGUUGAAAGAAAAUGACUUGGUAGAUGCAAGUCCGCAUGUAAACAGAAAAAAAUUCAGGGCUACUGUCUCUGCUAUAAGAGCAACGUUAUCACAUUAAAAAUUUUAACAUUCAUUUCUUUUCCACUGCAGAAUUUUUCAAGUCAAUCAUACAGCAGACUGCUAUUAAAAUGAAUGUUGUUUUGUACUGUAGGCUGGCAACCUUGAUCUUAGGGCUGCCAGUAACUCACCAGAAGGCGAAAGGCCAAUCUUUCGAAUGAUUGUUGUGUGUAAAAAAGUAGGAAGAUAGGGAAAGCCUAUUACAACUUCUGCUUUAAUAGGUCCAUUUUUUAUGUGAUUUUUUUUUGUUAUUAUAAUUUAAAGUUUUUUUGUUCUCGCGCAUAAAUAUUGAAAUAUCCUAAGUAUUUAUU